AAAGAAGACAAGAACGGCUUCUGCUUCACGCUGGAGCUCGACGAGAAGAACUCCACGUUCUAUUGUCUGGAUGAGAACAGUCGGGAUGAAUGGGUUCGCUCCAUCGCCUCCUUCUGCCUUCUCCGCAUGGUCACUUCCGAUCUCAGCUUCUCCGCAGAGCGUCUCCAAGCCCUGGUCGCCAUCGGCGCCAACGUGAACAGCAGCUACGGUCGAACGGACCCCAAGCCCGUUCUCUACUAUCUUCUUCGCCAUCAUCACGUCAACGAAGCGAUCUGGCUUCUCUCGCGAGGAGCCAAGGCCAACUGCUUGCUGCGCUGGGAGUUCAUGGUGCAGGAGCGACUGAUGACCGCGAAGGAGCUGCUGCAGCUCAUGGAGACGGCGAACAUCAAGCUCUCGACGAAGAGCGACGACGGGUUCAAGUUCUACAUUCUGCACUAUCUGUGCUACUUCGGCGAAGUGGAGGAAGUGCGCCGCCUGAGCACCUACGGCGAGUUCCAGGAGCUGGCGUACAACACGACGGAGACGAACGAUAUCGCGCUGACGAUCGCGCUGCUGACGCCGUUGGUGGACGAGGAGCGCAAGGUGCAGCUGGCGACGCUGCUGUACGGAACGAGCAACCUGGCGAUCAGCAACAACAACAACCAAAACCCCGUGCAGUUGGUGAUCCUGAUGGGCCGCGUGGGCCUGCUGUUCCGCAUGCUGUCGCACUCGAACAACGUGCGAUCGGACCGAUACCACAACACCAUUUUGCACCUCGCGAUCAAAGCGGGUCUGAUCACCGUGGCGCGGUACAUUCUGCGCUACGUGAACUUCGGCAGCAUCGAUCAGGGAGACAACAUGAACGAUACUGUAUUGACGCUGGCGAUUAAAAAGGGCGAGGAGGAGCUGGCGUGCGAGAUCGUGAAGAUGAACGCGGAUGUGUCGAAUCGAUGCCUGGACUGGAACAUGUCGCAGUCCAACAAUGAUCACGUGCUCCACCAAUGUUUGAAACGCGACAUGCAGGAUCUCAGCUGCGAGAUCUGCGCGCAUGCUGGCGGGAUGCUGACGAAGGACACCAACGGCGAUCUUCCUCUGCACAUCGCGCUGAACCGCAAGCUGGACAAGGUGGUGAACUAUCUGAUCAACCACGAGAGCAAGUCGCUCUACAUCAACGAGCGCAAUGAGCGUGACCUCGACACCCCGCUCCACCUCGCGCUCAAACUCGGCUAUUACAACCACUCCAUGGCUCUCUUACAAAACGGCGCCGGCGUGAGCAUCGUCAAUCGCGAAGGCCUCACGCCGUGCCAUAUCUUGAUGAUGGUCGCGAAGAACGACUAUCAGUCCAUCGCGAAGGAGCACAUGUCUCCCGAGCAGAUCAUCGCGCUCAUGCAGACCAUGCUGAGCCUCAGUCCCGAUCUCGAGAUCCUCUCGGAGCCCACAGCGGAAGGAGGAAAAGAAACCUGUCUGCAUAUCGCGAUUCGAGGAGGCGCCGCGACGCAGAAUCUGGCGCUGCUGUGUCUGCAGUACCGUCCGGAAUUGGCGAAGCUGCGCGACAGUCGAGGCAACACGCCGCUUCUGCUCGCAGUGAUCAACCAGAACUACAAGCUCGUCUGCGCCUUGUGCGACGUGCAGAGCGAUCUGAACGUGAUGAACGCGGACCGCAACACGCCGCUGCACAUCGCCGUGGAGUCGCAGAACUACGAUAUCGUGAAAAUCCUCGUCGAUCGCGGCUCCUAUCUCUGCUUCUGGAACGCGGAGGGACUCUGUCCGAUCCACAUCGCCGUGCAGAAGAAGAACGUGUCCAUCCUCACGCUCCUCUGCUCCAUCUCCCACGUCAAUCUCCGAACGCGCAACGGUCUCACUCCCUACAUGAUCUGCUGCCAGAACGGCUCUUCCGCCUGUGCGUCGUAUCUGCUCAACCAGGGCGCGGAUCCCUUCCUUCUCAGCAACGAUCUCUUCUCCUGCCUCACUCUCCUCGCCACGGCGAUCCGCCAGGCCGCCAACCGCGCCGAUUUCGCGCUCAUGGCCAAGUCGAUGGCCACCUUCGCCGAUCAGUACAAGCUCGACUGCUUCGGCGACCUCAAGAUGAUCAACGGCGACGUCGAGACCAUUCUGGACUGCGCCACGCUCGCCGAAGGCAUGGAGGAGGAGCCCAUCCCCCAGACCUCCAUGUACGACACCGAAGGUCCGUCUCUUUCCUCGCCUUCCCUCUAG